AUGUAUGGCAUUGCUCUUGCUGCCCUUGGAAUGCUGAGCACCAUAGCUACAGGGUUGGCUAUUGAUGCUUAUGGUCCCAUCAGUGAUAAUGCUGGAGUCAUUGCUGAGAUGGCUGCCAUUGGUUCUGCAGCCCUCGUGUCCCUUGCCCUCUUUGGCGCCUUUGUGACCCGUGCUUCUAUUUCAACAGUUGAUGUAUUGACCCCUAAAGUUUUUAUUGGUUUGCUUGUUGGGGCACUGCUUCCUUACCGGUUCUCUGCAAUGACCAUGAAGAGUGUGGGAAGUGCUGCUCUGAAGAUGGUUGAGGAAGUGCGCAGGCAGUAA